AUGGAGUCAGGCAGAACUAAAAGUGUUGCAAAGGGCGCGGUGAAUGAAAAGUCUGAGCAUAAAACACCACUGGGCAUCAGCAUGUCAGAGAAACACAAGGCGCAACUUCGCGAGGCGUUUGAUCUUUUUGACUCGGAAGGAACGGGGCGCGUUAAGGCGCCCGACGUGAAGGUGGCUCUUUGUGCUCUUGGUUACGAUGUCAGCAAGGAGGAGCUGUCGCAGCUGCUCAAACAGGUGGGCGGGUCCAUCGUUGGUGGGGUGGAUUUUAAUGAGUUCUACUGCGUUCUGCUUGCAAAGAUGGCGCAACGCGAAAGCCGAUCCGAGGCCAUUCGCGCCUUCAAGCUCAUAGAUGUUGCAGAGAAGGGGUACAUUUCCGUAGAUUACCUCCGUCCCAUUGCCGACUCAUUGGAGAUGGAUCUGACGGAUGAUGAGCUGGCGGAGAUGGUGCUCUUUGCCCACUCUUCCAUUGCUUUUGGAAAAAAUGCAAAUGACAUUAAGGACCCAUUGACGGUGAGCGAAGAGGAGUUUUUGAAGCUCAUGGGACGUGCUCAUGUAUAUUAG